AUGCGUUGUUUAUUUCUCUGCCUGUCUCUUGUUGUUUUUGUUGUUUUUCGUGAUUUUAUUUUAGUUUUUUUUUUUUUCCUUUUUUCACAGUUGAUGGGAGAGACGACUAUGGAAGAUGAUGCGGAGUCGUACCUGCGGCUUGCGUCCAAGCUGAAGUGGAAGCACUUUGCCCGAGGACACAACUCCGUCUCGCAGAAACAAGGAGAAGUGGUGGGAGAAAACCCCGCCAAUUGCCCUUUGAAACCACCCAUGCGUUUGCCAAUGAAGAAGCCAAGGCGCAUCCAUGACAGUGACAGCGACGACGAGAGGGGCACGGCGCCUCGUCGUGACGCUGCGGAGGCGCCUUCUAUUUCCUCUUUUUCCUCCUCCCCCUCUUUUGCAAGGAAACCUUGCAACGGUGCUCCUAUCACCUUGAUGGAGAAAUGGUUUCCCGGAAGCACACUGGGGAAUGCUACUCUUGACGCAGCUGAGGCACCAACACCGGAAUACACGGAUUUGACGAUGGCUCGUAUGAAUGCUGUGCGUGAGCGUUUUUUGACGUUGCGUGGUGGAGUAGAAGACGUGUUAAAGUACGCCGUGGCGAACGGCGAUGGGGAGUUUACUGAGGAUAGGGCAGACUGGGAUUGGCGGGCACUGCGGGACACCUUAUCGCAGCUCACUUCGCGGGACGUAUUUCGCACGAAAAAACGAGUUGUACGUGCCGUGCAAUGGUUGAUUGCUAACAAACCUUCAUCGAUAAGCAUUCCCAAAAGACCCACAGUGAGGCUCUGGGAAAGAUAUUUGAAUGAGCACGGUCCGGAAUGUGGCCACAUGCCGCCACUCUCCCUGUUGGUGUGGCUGGAUAGCGCGCGUACAACGGCUCUCUUUGCGGCUUUGGUGGAUCGGACGCUGAGGUUUUACAAACAGGGAAUGAAAGCGACGAUGCAUACUUCCCAGAAGGUGGGUGAAACCAUUUUUGAAGUUAGCGAAAACACCAAUGUCAACGACGAUAGAAAGGACGAGGAAGAAGAGGAUGAAGAGGAUGAAGAAGAAGAAGACUUGCAACCUCAUGACGCAAGGGAUGGAAACAUACAUGGGACAAAUGAAGAUGGCAAACAAUUACUUUUUUUUACCCAACUGACACCUUUGUAUGGUGGUGGUGCCCGCGAAGAAAUCAUUUCUUUGCUGUCUUUUCUGCGAGUUUUUAUGCCGGUGGAUGCGGUGGAUGCAUCUGGAAACGUUGUCGGCCGCUCUGUAGGCUAUGGGAUUUGGCUGUACGCCUGCUUGUCAGCUGUGGACACGCCACUGGAGCCGGAUUUAGAUCGGCUGGUUCACGAAUUUUUCCGCAUCUGCUGUCAGCAAAUACGGACAUUGGGUGAAGUGCAUGGGAUUCGUGGUGGGAAUCGCGGGGCUAUAGUUCAUGCCUUCUCCCCACGCAGCGGUGAUACAACUACCCGUCGAGAAUACAACUCAAUUGACGAUGUGAGGAAGGAAGAUGUUUUAGCUCUCCAUACCAUUAUUAUCAUCCUGGCGAAACUAUUCCGGCAAAAUCAAAACCGUCUUAUCCCCCUUUAG